CCCGCCUGUACCGUCGGGAGGCGCUGUUUCUCAGCGCGGCCAGGCGGCAGUUGGUCUGAGCUCCGAGUAGAUGCGGCUGCUCUCAAGUUCUCUGCUGGGCCAGAAAGGGACGCCGAAAGUCAAGAACUCCGUCAUUUAGCUUCCAUAAAGCCCGAAGCGGACAGUUGAGCGUUUUCUUUUUGACGACAGACAGCAGAGCAGCAACGCCCCGCGGCUGAAAUCAAGGAUUCAGCAUGUCUGAUGGGGAGUACGACUACCUCAUCAAAUUCCUAGCUCUGGGGGACUCUGGUGUGGGAAAAACCAGCUUCUUAUACCAAUACACAGAUGGCAAGUUUAACUCCAAGUUCAUCACUACAGUGGGAAUAGACUUCAGGGAAAAAACUGUGCUGUUUCCUCCCACAGGUUCAGGCGGAACAUCCAGUAAAGGACAGAAGAUCCACUUGCAGCUGUGGGACACUGCAGGGCAGGAGAGAUUCCGAAGUUUGACGACGGCUUUUUUUCGAGAUGCUAUGGGUUUCCUCCUCCUGUUUGAUCUGACAAACGAACAAAGCUUCCUCAAUGUCCGAAACUGGAUGAGUCAAUUACAGAUGCACGCGUACUGUGAAAACCCAGACGUGGUUCUGUGUGGCAACAAGUGUGACCUGAUGGAUCAGAGAGCCAUCAGUGAAGACGAGGCUCGUGAGCUGGCAGAGAAAUACGGAAUACCGUACUUCGAGACGAGUGCAGCAAAUGGACAAAACGUCACAGAGGCUGUGAGAAUCCUGCUGGAUCUUAUCAUGAGGAGAAUGGAGCACUGCGUCGACAAGUCGUGGAUCCCAGACGGGACGGUUCGACCCAACGGACCCAAUCACCAAGACAUCCCAGAGGCUCCUGACAGGGGAAAGUGUGCCUGUUGAAGAUUAAAAAGUGGGAGUCUAUACAGUAUGUUUGGCUUGAUGACAGUCCACCUCUUCAUCAUGAUCUGUACCAUUUCCUUCAUGAAAGUACAUCAUACUCGCUGUAAAAGGUGCUCUGAUAAGCCUACCAGUACAGAAGUGAAUGUUGUUUUUCGUGUGGGAAUUUCAUUUUAUUCCCCUUUAUUCAGUAAUAUACUUUCUUUCCAAUGAUUCCUGCAUAUGGGUUGUUUGUGGGGCAUAUUUAUUUGUAAAAAUACCUGAUGUACAAUUCCUCUCUGUUCAUAAUGCUGAAUGUGCUCUCAGAAACAGACUGUCUUCCACAGAUUGGUGAACGCACACGUCUGAGUGAUAACAUUUAUCUGCAACCAGACAACUAACAGAUCAGCGAUUGUUCCACUAAAGCUUUGCUAAAUGUUUUCCUGGAUGCUGUGGUUUUAUCGAUGCCUCCCCCAGUGAACAUGCGCUUCAUAGUUUUCACCUCGUUGUACUGCAGCCCUUUUUCCUUUUGUAAAUGCUUUAUGAAAUCAACAAUUGUUCUGCAGUUUUCUGAAAUUCAAGUAAAAAAUGUAGCAAGAACUGAAAAAAUUAAUGUAUGUGCUAAAUUCCAAAUGUAUAUGUAUUUAAUAUUAUAAUAGUCCACUAGAGGUUUGGGACGCAUUUUUGAUUUGCUUUCUUUUAAAUCAUAAUGUAAUUGUACCUACUAUAUUUAAUUAACACUGUGCCUUUAUAUGAAAACAGGCUAAAUAUCAAUAUUAUUCAUAGUUAAGUUAGGUGAAAUGCAUAGUUCCUAUUUAUGAUAAUUAUGUGCAAUUUAAUACAUUUAAAUGAUUAUACACUCCCUUCAAUGUUUUACAGAUUUAUCAUGUUUUCAAAUGAAAUGUCAGCAGACUGUUUUAUACUGAAAUAAAAAUUUGUAUGGAAAGAAUUUUUAAUGUUACAAGUUAACUCUGAUGCUUUUCAGAUGGUGUUCAAGAGCAGCCACAAGUUUCUUUUUUUCCAAUCUAUUAAAAUAAAUAUUUGUAAGGCCAUCACUAGAAAUCUGUGCCAUUUGAUUUAGACUGAAGUACAUUGUGUUGUCAGCAGUGCCAUUUUUCAAAUGCUGAAUGUGUAAAUUGUUUCCAAAUAAAAAUGUGUAUAUAUCUAUUACCUCAAA